AUGCACGAGGACAUAAACAUGCUCAGGGGCUUGAGAUACAUUCGCGCCCAAGCAACGAAGUACUUCGCCCUACCAGAUGAGCUUCUGAGAAACGAAUACCAAGAGAAGAACACCGCCAGGUCCACCCAAUCAAUCCGUGACAAUAUCCAGGCGCUGUAUGGGAUCGUUCUCAAGUAUCUCCUUCUCAGCACACACUAUACCCCCCGCACAUUCGGUCGUGCUGUGAAGUCUCUCAUCGGCCAGGCUCCCUGGAUUGAGUUGCUCAAUGAGCUCCAAACCGUCGAGAGAGGUUUUCAUGAACACGCACAAAUCUUCCAGACUUCCAUGGUUCUAAGAGAGAUUGAGGCUAUUGGCGACAAGAUAACUAAGUCUGACGAAGGGAAGAACGCCAAGGAGAGAAAGGAAUUUCUUGACCUUCUUCUUGGCGACGACUUUGACUACACGGACCGCCUCGCUGUUACCGAGGAAAGGCUGGACGGCACUUGCGAGUGGUUCUGUCGGCAUCCCAACUUCGCAGACUGGCUGGAAAAUGGGGAUUUGCUGCUGGUCUCAGCAGAAGCUGGAUGCGGCAAAUCCGUUUUGUCCAAAUACCUGAUUGAGAAGGUCCUUCCCCAAGCGGACCCCCACGCGACGAUUUGCUACUUUUUCUUCAAGGACGACAGCCCUCAAACACGAAGCUUCAAGAAUGCUUCCACGGCUUUGCUGCAUCGCCUAUUUGCGUCAAACGAGGACUUGGCGGAUGGUUGGAAGAACAAAUUCUCGAAAAGCCCCGGUGCCCACUUUCAAAAGACCUGGAAUGACUUCUGUAAAGCGUCCAUUGACCCAGAAGCUGGUCGGGUCAUCUGUGUUCUAGAUGCGCUCGACGAGAGUGACCAAGAACAACUGGGUGACUUUCUCAGUAGCAUCAGGACAUAUCUCACCAAGUUCCCACGAGACAGUCGAGCUAAAUUUCUUCUCACCACCCGAGGAUAUCGGCCAAUUAAGGAGCAUUUCCAGGACUUUUCAUCGGACAUGAUCAUUCACUUGGAUGGCGAUAACGACGAAGAGAAGGACCACAUUCAAGAAGAGAUCAACAAGGUCAUGAACCAUCGCCUUAAGAAACUCUUCAGUAGAAGGUCUGAUAUCAGCAGCGAUACUCGUCGGUUAAUUGAAGACGGCUUCUACCAGCACGGCUCAAGACAGAGAACGUAUCUGUGGAUGCAUCUGGUGUUCGAAGUUAUCAAGAAGGACCGCCCGACGUUGAAAGCUGAUUGGAGAGAGAUCUUCGAGAUCACACCCGACAAGAUUGCCAAGGCAUACGAGAAACUUUUGCAAGGAGUCGAGAUCAAGUGGAAAGAAAGAGUACGAACUUUACUAGCCAUCAUCAUAGCAGCGCAGCAGCCUCUAACACUGGAUGAGCUGAACAUAGCUCUAAGCGCAAGAGAUAGUAUCAGCAAGCCAAGAAGCUAUGAUGUUUACGAGGAACUAUCAAGCUCUCUUGAGUUCAAGAGCUGGAUGGAGAAGCAGUGCGGUUCAUUUCUCGCAAUCUACAACAAAACGGUGUAUCUGAUACACCAGACAGCCAAGGAGUUCCUGAUGAGAGUACCGUCCAAAGCUGCAGAAAACGGCGAUAAGGAAGUCCGCCACGGGUCAUGGAUGGGCACUUUGCUUGAUCACGAGACGCAUCGGUACAUGGCAGAGAGCUCGGGAUCCCUCCGGAACACGCGCCAAAUCGACACCCAGAUUCGUCUUGUCAAUCGCUCUGACGUCGGGCAUCUGAACAUUUUCAGUCGACAACCAUCGCCCACCAUGUCGCGAAGACCGGCCAAGGGAGAUUACAUCGAGACCGACACCGGCAACAAAGUCGCCCGCAAAGCGACGCUGGUCGGCACCCAGAACAUCAUGCUGGGCGGCAAGACCGUCAUCCAGCCCGAAGUCAUGAUCCGCGGCGACCUCGCCCGAUCCGCGCAGCCCUCCGGCGGCGGCGCCCCGGCGAACAGCACCGCCGUCGCCAUCGGCCGGUACUGCUUCCUCUCGAGGGGCGCCGUCCUGCGGCCGCCGGGACGAAUGUACAAGGGAGCCUUCACGUACAUGCCCCUCCGAAUCGGCGACCACGUCUUCGUCGGCCAGAACACAAUCAUCCAGGCCGCCUCGAUCGGGACCCACGUGCACAUCGGCCGCGAGUGCGUCGUGGGCGAGUUCGCCAUCGUCAAGGACUACGUCCGCAUACUCGAGGGCACCGUCGUGCCGCCCAACAUGGUCAUACCGAGUUUCAGCGUCGUCGCGGGACAGCCUGCCAGGGUCGUGGGGGAGGUUCCCGAGGGCGGACACGAGGAGUUUGAGCUGCGCGAGCUGUACAAGACCGUCGGGAACAAUCCGCAACCUUUGCCGGUGUGA